UUUGUCUUGUCAGAAGUGUCUGAGUAAACGUGGAAAACUGAGUGUACAGUUUACGGAUGCGAAGUUGUACACAAUCCAUCUGUUAUUGUCAUUGGAAGUCAGUUGAUUAUCAGUAUGCGUCUCAAAGAAAAUGAUCCUGGAGCUGCUCAGUACGGAAAUUUUAUAAAUUAUUAUCAAUUUCACCCUACGGAAGCAAGAAUAAAGUCCUUACCAACAGAUGUUUGGAAUGUUAAGGCAGGCGAAGACAUGCUUUGCCUCGAUGUGGGAUCUAACUCGGGGGAACUGACACAAGCAUUAUAUGAAUUCAUCUUGUCAAAUCUGCAUACAGUAGAUGAUGAAAAUAAAGUGGACAGUCUGCAAAACUCGCAAUGUAAAGGAAGCAAUUGUUACUUUUUAGGUCUGGAACUAGAUCCAUUGCUCACUGAAAGAGCAAAAAAUAGUAACAGAUAUGUCUCCAGUAUAAAUUACAAUUGCCUCAAUUUUAUGACUGAUGACAAACUAACUGUUCUGAAAACAUAUCUUAAACAGCAUGGGAAACAAAACUUUGAUGUGAUAUUCUGUUUUUCAGUGACAAUGUGGAUACAUUUAAAUUAUGGAGAUGAAGGGUUGAUUAAAUUUCUUAAGGACUUAUGUGCAUGGACAAAAGUUUUAGUGAUUGAACCACAACCGUGGAAGUGUUACAGAGCAGCAGCAAGAAGGUUGUGGCGUGCUAAGGGCGAAACCUUUCCUGAAUUGGAUGCGUUAACAAUAAGGCACAAUGUAGAGACUGAAAUUGAAGACAUUCUUGAAAAGAAAUGUAAUUUUAGUAAAGUAUUGGAAACUACAUCUGAAGACUGGAAAAGGAAAAUAAUAUUUUUCAGAAGACACGACUCCUAGUAAAAUGUGCAGGUGAAAAGUUAUCAACAUGAUUACACCUGUAUUCCCAUUAGCUUCUCUUUAUUUCAGUAGAUAAAAUGCCAGUAUUUUUUUAGUAGUAAAAGUUAUAAAGGUCAUACACUUUCUGCCCAUACAGCAUGAUGCACUGCAAUCUUAACUUGUGGGACAGAAAGGUGAGCCAGACCUAGAUCAAAUCUGCAUGGCACGUUAAUGAGUAUUGCUGGUGCACCAACCAACCUGGAUGUGGUUUUUAAGCAGUUUUCCUGGCUCAUUUAGGCAAAUGCUAAGCUGAUCCCCACUUUCUGCCUCAGAUAAUGCAUUACACAAACAUUUAAAAUACAAUCACACACAGAACAAAGCUUACACAAUUUGCAGGCAAGAGAUACACAUGACUUCCCUCCUUUAGGUAACUGAUGACUGCAGCAACAAGGAGGUCAACCCCACGUAAUAAAAUGAAAUUUCUGAAACUUGGGUGCAAUAGAGCCAGAAUCUUAAGUCACACUAAAUAUAUUAUUGUCCUUUAAAGUAUUCCACCUUCAUCUGCUUGCAUUUCAUGUUGCUCCCAAUUAUUGUUUCACUAUUUUCUUUGAUGUUCUCAAAAAUUAGAACUUUUUCUUCCUUCUUUCAAUUAUGGAAAAAAUGUAUUGUAAACUUGGUUUUUUUGUUUAACUUGACCAUAUGAAACACAUUUCAGAAUCUUUCUGCAAGUUUUCACCAUCACACCAUCAGUACCUUAAAUAAUAUCUCUCUCUCUCUCUCUCUCUCUCUCUCUCUCUCUCUCUCUGUGUGUGUGUGUGUGUGUGUGUGUGUGUGUGUGUGUGUGUGUGUGUGUGUGUGUGUGUGUGUGUAGUAGUAGUAGUAGUAGUAGUAGUAACAAUACCAGUCUAAGGUUCUAGUAAAGAAAGGGGAAGAACAACGAAAACUCAUAUACAACUGAUGUUUAUUCUUUAUAAUUUUCAUUGCUUACUUCCAAUUGUUUGUUGCCUUCAGAGCGUAUGUGAGGCACAGGAGCAUUGUGCAGUCAUUGCUAAACUUCCUUGUUACGUGCAAAGCUACCCCAAGUGGAAGGGGUAGAAUGUAAGUCAGAAUGAUUUUGAGAGUUAUAAACAGCCAUUUCCAGUCAAUAGAAAAUGCUCAGAAACUGUUGUCUCAUCAUGAUUGUACCAUGUUUGAGCAACUCAAGAUCUGUUUGGGAAGUGUGGAGCUCAACUUGAUGUCUGAACAUUGGAUUUAGGUUUCCCAGUGUUCCCCAGAAUAACAAGUGAAUGCUAAGUAGAUACAUUAAUCAAGGUUAUGCCCAAUACUUUUUCCACAUAUAUUUCUCCAGUUGUAACUGAUGUCAGACUGUAAUAACUUGACUGAUAAUAGUGCGUUAAACUCUAAUCUUGAGAUGCAUGAUUAUUAAAUGUUUCUGCCAGCUUUAACAUACCAUGCAGCUCAGAGUUUAAGUGUACUCUGCAGUAGAGUUGAAAAGACACAAUACAUAUGUAGUGAUCUUAUUUUUCUGUGCUAUCUGAUGUCUUCUUUUUUAAAAAAAGUCAUGUAUUCUGCCAAAAGUUGCUGUGUUGUCUACUUUGACAGAAUUCAAGCUGUAGAAUGUUACUUAUGCAAGCUACUGUGUUUCCACCCCAACUCUCACAGUUAAUACUCAUGCACAAUGAUAGAAUACCCCAUGCAUCAAAUUUGGUACAGUUUCUACGGUAGUUUGUCAAAUGAGAGACUUGGUGGAAGAGAAUAAUCCUUGAAAUCUGACAUGUUUUCAUUGGCAUUAUGUUGUUAUUAACAGUUGAAUAUCACUUUCAUUCUCAUGAAACAGAUAUUCAUCAUGCUGUGGGUGUUAAAGACCUUUAUGUGUGGAAUGGUAUAUUUUGUCCAGACUUCCCAAGUUCUCAAAAAAAGUCACAAAGAACAUCAAUGGAACAUAGCUUGUUGGUAAAGACAACAUGAAACAUUGACCAUGGAAUACUAUACUGUAUAGAAAUGAAACAUGAGGACUGGAAAUGCAGAAGACAUUUGAAAUGUGUUUAUUCAGGAGCACUUCAAAAGUUCUGUGGACAGAACAGUGAAAUGGAAAAGUAUUAAUUAUGACAGAUCCACUAGAGAGCUUGGUGGAAAAACUGUUCUAGAAGAAGGAAGUGGUGGGCGAUGCUCUUCCCAAACCUGAGGGCAAAAUGUGUGAGAAAAGACAGAAAUUGAACACAUUGCAUAAAUCAUUGGUAAGUUUGGAUAGGUUUGACAUAGAAGCAUGUGGAACUCCACUGAGGGUCCUCUAGGCACAGAAUUACUUUUGUACAUAAUAGCUAUAGAGCUGCAGUUGAAAUUGACCAAAGUUGUUGUAGACAUUGCACUUCUGUCAUCUGUUUCGUGAGUGAAAAUUCUUCCAAUAAAUACUCUAGAUAAAACAGAGGCACAUGAUCUGGCAGCAUGAGAAAGCAAAAGUGCAACAUUUUGUUUCACUGAAUUCACAAGAGCUGUCCAGACAUCUUACACUGAGCACAACCAUUUUAUUCUUUGUAAUCAUACGAGUCGUUUAUUACAAUAUAAACUGUGUUGCUGUUUACUACAAAGAUAUUUUGUACACAGUAAUUGUAAAGCAGCACUCAAAAUUGACCACAGUACUAGACUUCGUAUUUCUGCCUACUGAUACAUGAAUGAAAAUUCUUUUACAAUAAAUAGUUCUCUGGAUUCUACCCAUUUUCGCGUGACACAACAUAAGAGAAAGUACAGAAAAGAAUUCUGUUAGACUGAUACUGGUUCUUGUUUUUAUGUUCUUCUGCCGGCAAUAUUUGAUUUGGUCUUCUGUUCAUUUAGGUAUUCAUUGACUUUUGUUCAUAAUUUUCAAUUUUUUUCCACAGUAUUUUUAUUUAUUUGUUGUUAAUUGUUUUAGUACUGAUCUUAUGCUUCCAAUUUUUUUAUCUUAAUAUGCUACUGUCCAUGUAAUUUUGAA